UCUGAACAAACGGUUUUAGGCGCCAUAUGCAUUUUUAGUCCUCUGUCCAAGGUCUCAUGCGGAACAACUAUCCUCUUCUGCCUGAUAACUCAGAAACCAGAAAAUUGUUCCAGCGACAAAAAAAGAUGAAGUUGUUUUCUUUGCUGUUUGUUUCAGGGCUGUUUGCUUUCACGAGAUGCCAAAUUACUCUUGACAUUGAAGAUUUUAAAACAUUUGUUCAGAAAAGUUGUUACAACACUACUCGGGAAAAUGUAUUACAUCCCAGCGGACAGGAAAUCCCACUGGCUAAUAGCAUGGAGAAUUUCAUUUCAAUUGUGGAAAAACUAGAACUUAACAACACUGAUUGGACAGCUGUAGACACUGCUAAAAUGUUACUGAAAAGGUUUUCAAUCGAUGGACUAGAACAGUCUGGAAUGACAUUGAAGCAAAACGAAUUUGAUAUACCCAAAACGAAAAUUAUGAAUGCCUUCUUUAAAGGAGAAUCCAUAAAAAGUGAAAGGUUUCCAGAAGAACAUCUUACCGAAAAUGAAAAAUGUUCUCUGUAUUACAUGUUAUCAUAUACGGUCAACAGCACACUCAGACCAGGACUUGAUCAAUUGGAUGUUACUUACCGAGUGCCGCUAUCAAAACAAGCUCUAGGAGCACCUACCCAAAGAGCCAGACACCCACGUGAACAAGGUGUAGUGAGUAUCGAGAACAUCGAGGAUCAGGCUAUUUCCUUGGGAAAGGUGUUAACUGGUAUUGCAGCAUCUAGUUUAAAUGAUGGAAAGACUCUAUCUAACGAUAUUGAUAAACAUGACAUCAAAAAUUGGAAACCGCUAGUUGCACUUACUAUUGCAGAAACUUUGGUGAUUGCUGAGUUUAAAGCUAUGGAACAUUCAGGUCCAAAUGGCAAAAUCCCUGAGGGUAAGUGGAAUUCAACCAUCUGUACAACGGAAUUCAAGCUGGAUGAUCAAGUAAACGCAACCUCUUAUUCACUUCUGAGAGGAUCGGUUGAUGGACUGAUCAUCGGUUCGGUGCUAACUGACAAUGCCGAGCUCAGAAACAACCUGAAGUUGAGUCAGUUACUCAGAGCUUACUAUAGCUAUUCUGGUUUACCUAGUACCAGUAAACAUAGCUACUGCAACAGAGAAGAACAGUUGGAACCGCUUAUCGAAAACCUCGACGCGCAAGUUACGAACUAUGCAAAAGUGCUUAGUGACUUGAAAAGCCUUGCUUUAAAUGAUUUAGACACGGUAGUAAAAAAUACGAAGGAUUUGUUUGAAAAUACAAAACUGAAAGUAGCUGAAAAUAAUUACUAUAAGGAAUGUAGGUAUCCAGGAACUAUGCAGGAACCUAUUUGUGAAACGUCUCAUGACGUAUUCGUCAUUAUGGAUACGAGAGUCACUCGGAGCGCUUUAAAAACUCAGCAGGAAAUUAUAAGCUACUUGGCCAAUAGAAUGGACAUGAGAGCUUACGGCGACAGUAUGAGUAUUUUUGCAUACGGAACUCAAAAUGAAGAACUGUAUCCCAUUGUCUUUAACACCACGUCACAAGGAUGUGCCACGUGUUUUCCAGCGUGGAUCGAUACAAGUAUUUAUUCAUUUAUAAGAAAAACUCUUCCGUUAAAACUCGAAAGCUUUUAAAUCAAUUUAAAGUUU